AAUAAAAUACAAUAAAAAAAUAUAAUCCCUCAGUCCUUGAAAACAGUGGCGGAACUAGGAUAGACCAGCAGGAGCAAUCGCUCCCCUAAUCUAUUUUUUUUUUUUCCAAAAACCCCAUUAAACAUUUAGUAUAAAUUUCUAAAUUUUUAUAUUUUUUUCCCCUACUAAAUGUAAUUUAUACAUUUUCGCCCUCAAAAAGUAGUUUAUAUUUAAUUUUUGAGAUUUGUUCAAGAAAAAAGUACAAUUCUUGAAACGUAAUGUGGACUAAUACACAAUCCAUUUUUAAAAUGCAUCCAGAUAAUUAAUUGUCAUGUUUUCCCCUUUUUCACCCCUUUUAUCUUCUCCUCCAUUUUCUUGUUUUCCAUCUUUCCUACUUCAUCAUCAUUCAAAAGCAGCUGCCUGAAAAUGGGAUGCACAACCAUCACUUUUGGGGUUGCUUUGAGCUUCAAUCCAUCCUCUCUUGCCGCGAAUAAACCUUUUCCAAAGCGGAGUAAUGUUCCAAUUAACCCCAAGAAAAAAACCAGCCAAAAUAGGAAGCUGAAGCUCAAAAAAGCUCCAGCCUUGUCAGUUCAUGAAGGCGGGGAGGCCACAACUUACACUUGUUUGCCUCCAAAAGAUGACUUUUAUCUUCCAGUUCAGAAGAACCCAAUUGCGGAAGUCAAAUUAUCAGAGUCUAAUCUGCUUGAACACCUUAAAAAUGAGAAGGGUUCUGAAGAAAGAUUGAAUUUUGAGGCUGAAAGUGAGGAGGAGAGUGAUGGGAGUGGUUCUUCUGGGUUUGAUUACGAUAGAUUUGAGCUUUAUGAGGUGGGUUCUGAUUCUGAUGAAGAAAGUGAGGAUUAUGUUGAUGAGGAUGGUGCGAUUGUGGGUUUUGGACGUGGUGAGGAUUAUUUGAGUUAUGAAAAUUUUAACGGAGAUGAUGUGUUUGAUGGUUGUGAAGUUAAAGAGAAAGAGAAAGGGUUGCCAGCUGUGAUGAGGUGUUUUGAUAGGGCUAAAAUUUUUAUUAAAGCAGGGGAUGGAGGGAAUGGAGUUGUUGCAUUCAGGAGGGAAAAGUUUGUGCCAUUAGGGGGUCCUUCUGGUGGGGAUGGAGGAAAAGGAGGUAAUGUGUAUGUUGAAGUUGAUGGUUCCAUGAACUCAUUGUUGCCUUUUAGGAAGAGUGUUCAUUUUAGGGCUGGGAAGGGAGGGAAUGGGCAUGGAAGGAAUAUGAUUGGACCCAGGGGUGAGGAUGUAGUGGUCAAGGUUCCACCCGGUACGGUCAUUAGGGAGGCUGUUGGCAACGGUGGACUACAAGGAAAUGUCCUUCUGGAGUUGUUACAUCCAGGGCAGAGGGCGUUGUUGUUGCCUGGAGGCAGGGGAGGGAGAGGGAAUGCAUCUUUUAAAACAGGAAUGAAUAAGGCGCCUAAGAUUGCGGAGAAUGGUGAAGAAGGGCAUGAAAUGUGGUUAGAGUUAGAGCUAAAGUUGGUUGCAGAUGUUGGAAUUGUAGGAGCUCCGAAUGCUGGGAAAAGUACAUAUCUCAGUGUGAUUAGUGCUGCUAAGCCAGAAAUUGCGAACUACCCAUUCACGACAUUGCUUCCCAAUCUGGGUGUUGUUUCAUUUGAUUAUGAUGCCACAAUGGUAGUGGCUGAUUUGCCCGGGCUUCUAGAGGGAGCACAUCGAGGUUUUGGAUUAGGUCAUGAGUUCCUUCGGCACACAGAAAGAUGUUCAGUUCUGGUGCAUGUUGUUGAUGGGUCGUCUCCACAGCCAGAGUACGAGUUUGAUGCAGUUCGCCUGGAGUUGGAAAUGUUUAGCCCUGAACUUGCUGAAAAGCCUUUCUUAGUUGCAUUCAACAAAAUGGAUCUUCCUGAGGCCCAAGCAAAUUGGAUAUCAUUCAGAGACAAGCUACUUUCUCAGGGAAUUGAACCUUUUUGUAUGAGUGCAGUAAAAAGGGAGGGAACACAUGAAGUGAUAUGUGCUGCUCAUAGGCUUGUUCAGGAAGUGAGGGACGCUAGAAGAGAAGGUGCUAGUGCAAUUUUUCCAGUGAAUUUAAACCAUGUCGCUGACAUGGUGCAGAAGCAGCGGACAGCUCCAAUAAAUGAAUUUGAGAUCUCCCGGGACCGAACUGGGGAGGCAUGGCAUGUGACUGGAGCAGGUUUGGAGCGCUUCAUCCAAAUGACAAACUGGAGAUACAUUGAUUCAGAUAGAAGGUUUCAACAUGUGCUGGAGGCAUGUGGUGUAAAUAAGUCCCUUAUCAAACUCGGUGUGAAGGAAGGAGACACUGUUAUAGUUGGGGAUGUAAGUUAAAACCUUUCCCUUAUGUUUUGCCCUUUCAAUUCCCCUCUUAUGUUUUCCCGACAUGUUCCCUGAUUGCCAUGAGGCAUAAAAGCCUAAUAAGGGAUCUCACUUAGAUGCUUGUGCAUUUUAGAGUUAACAUGGAACGUAAAGUUCAAGUCUCUGGUUUUGAUAUCAUUUCUCAUUUUGCUGAGAAGAUAUCUUUUUGGGUUCCAGCCAUCCACAUCACCAAAGCCAAAUGAAAAUUGUGACAAAGACGAUGUCUAUAGCUUUCGCGAUGUGGGUUUUUACUUUUUAGUAAACUUAAACUCAACUAGUCACCGUGAAAUGCUGGAUAGUUAUGAUAGGAUUUCUUUCUUAAUGAUAUAAUAAGUUGUUACAAAUGGUUUUGUAUGGUCCUGCAUUGUUAAAAAUCUUAAGAGCUUCGAUCUCUCUACUCUAUUUCAUUCCCAUUGUUGCUAAUGCCUGGUCACUGCCAGAUGGAGUUGGUAUGGCAUGAUGCUCCUGAGAAUUCAGGCCCUACAAGUGUGAGGAAAUGGACAGGAGAUACUGUCCGAUGAUACUGACAUUUCCAAGCCAGAACCAAGCUUCAUCAGUGUCGGGAAGUGCUUUUUGUCUCUUGAGAUCAGAGGUAAACAAAACAGCAUGUUGCCCUGCAGGCCAAUCAAAUGAAUAACUUGGAGGUUCAACUGUUUCUGUUUUUUUUUUGAAUAUUAAGGAAGCCAACGGGCUUAGUUACACAUGGCUCCUUUGAGGUCGCAGUGCUGAUGACCUGACCUAUCUUAUUCGCAAGGCUAACAACCGUCUUCCCUGGGAGCAGCGAUAGAAAAAUGUAAUCUUACCGGACAGGAGAAAGCAAAAUUUUGCCAAAGAUUCAUAGGAACUUUGCUGGAUUUCAGAUGCUAUUAUUCUUUGCUUUGGGCCGGUGGAUUUAAGAAUUACUCUGAUCAUGGGUUGGACCGAGAGGUGUAGAAAUGGAAAAGCGUGUACAAAUAUGGGGCUAGUAUUGGGCCUUUGAUACAGACGACUCUGUCAUUCUCCAUAAUAAGUCUUGUAUGCAAACAGCUAGGGGAGAUGUUGUAAGAUUAAUGUAACAAUUUGAGAGUUUUUUCUUACAGAAAUCGAGAAAUUGACUGCUUUGUGAUUUUUACAAGAGGGAUUAAAUAAUUUUUCCAAUAAUGGUCGUGGUUAGCUAUUGUUGAUAUUUA